UUUCACUCGCAUAUACAAGAAAAAAUCUCCGGGGUUAAAAACCGUAUAGCAUAGUAUCAACGGGGAAAAGCCCCUUUGGGGAAAGAUGUUUUAGAAAAUGUGGAUUAUCAUUUAUUAACCAAUGGAAGUUGAUCUGAUGAGUAAUACCAAUCAUAAUUCUGCCAGGAGUGAACAGACUGGGGCACAGGAAAUUGUUGAUGAAUCAUGUUUGACCGAACCGCCAUCAUGUCCCAGAUGUCCGAAUCCUGUACCUGAAAUGACCUCGGCAGAACUAACCCCUCUGGAUAUGAGCGUGGCAGAACUGGCCCCACUGCAAGCGGUUAAGUUACACAAUGUUACGACAGUUGAAGUCAGUAAAAACUCAACUAAUGUCAACAAGGACGAGACGUUGAUUAACGCAACAUAUCCAGUUUAUGUGAAAUCGCUUUCUGAAGCUGAAGAUGUAUUGCAUAGAUUUGAAAAUGAUACUAAGACCCGGUAUUCUGUAUGGAGAUGCCCCAAGGAUUUUGGAAACUCUCGUAAGCAAUGCAUGAAGUACGCCUCGUAGUUUUGGUUGACUAUGCUGCUGUAGUAAUAAUUGCCAACAGAAUUGGACAUUAUCCUGUGUUCAUGCAGUAGCAUAGCAAACCAAAGCGCCUGGGCUGGGUACAAGGUUGUCAGAGUAGAGUACAUGUGCAAGAACAUUGCAGUACAUAGAAGUACAUGAAAGUACGUAGAAGUACAUAGGAACUUAUGGCUGGGGCUGUGAUUGCCGCCAUUAAGAGCAAAUAAAAGUAUGCAAAAUAAAGCAGAUCUUGAACGUAUACAUGCCGUCAUUGCAGAUUCUAUGGAUUGGAUAACUGCACAUGCCAUCUUUAUAGCUUAAAUAUAUAACACAAAGCUGCAGUAGUAUGUACUUAAACUACCGAGAAAUGAUUAACCCAUUAACUUGCAUUGUGCCCUAAUGCACCCUACUUUUUUAACCCUACUUGUAUGCACCCUACUACUUUUUUUUACUUGAAGUGGCAAUGCAUCAUACUUUAUUAUUUUACUCUGUCUAACGCCAGUUGAUUUUACUCAUCAGGGGGAGAGUGGCUACCACUCAAUGGGUUAACUCUGUCUAAAGCUGAAAAUUACAUUGAAAUUACAUUGAAUUAAUUAAUGCAUUGUGUAGAAAUUGAUGUGACAAACAAGCGGAUCUACUGGCAAGAGUUUGACAUUGGAGAUAAGAUCACUGUGAAAUCAGAUGGUGUUCCAUUUAUCAUGAUGGGACGGAAGGUUUUUGACUGUCAUUUUGGCAAGGAUAGAAAUGUCAAACUGAAAGAGAAAUUGAGACUUCAACGUGAAGAAGUGGUAAAGGUCCGCAGCAUCUGAUUUUUCAAAUCAUUUUACAUAUUAUGCAGGUUUUCUCCUAUUUCUGCCUGCAGUAGUACUUCAGUACCAACUAUAGAUGAGCUUUACUGCACCUCUUGGUAAAAGGUUUAGAAGAGACAGAGUAUUAGUAACAACUGGUGAACUGGUCAGUUUUUUAUGUCAGAUACAUUCUUGAGCCUACUAGGAAGUUACUAGUGUAUGAUAUGCCCUCUUUUAGAGUGAAAGCACAAAGGCCAGGAAAACUCCGCCAACAAGAAAACUUGACUGUCCAGCUAAGGUUGUCUUUUGUGAGAUCAUCUACUUCCCAGAUUUCAAGGUAUGCUAAUCAUUGAACUCUAAAUGGUCUUACAGUGUGAGAUAAUAUGGCUUAACAUAUGAAAGACCUAGGUUUUACUUAGGCUAAUGGUAAGGGCACAAGUUAUAAAAAUAGGUACACUAAGCGUACACAAAUUUCCACAAUGGACAAAAGGUAUACCCUCUCCAGAUCAACUGUAUUCAUUUGUUAUUAAUCAAAUAUGUAAAAUGACAUGCAUAAAACGUCAUGUAUAGAUAUUUAACUAGUUAUUACUUCAAUAUAUUUCAUAUCUAAAAGAUUUCUAGCAAUACAAAGUAUUAUCGUGGAGUUGUUGCAAAGAAGAUUAAGGAAAGUUUUGCUGCUGGUUCUGUGAACAUGCAAAGUAUUGAGAGAAGAAUCUACAUUUCAUUUCCAACUUCUGAUGAACAUACAGGACAUCCAACCAGUAUUCAGGUACAGUUAACAAUGUUAUAUGUUUCAUGCAAUGGGUUGAUUUAUAGCUGAAGAAGGAUCAUCUGUCAUAGUCUAAACAUAAGAGAAACUGUCCAGACAAACUACGCUGAUAGACGAACUAUACACACACAAGUCCAUCUAAAUUAAAUAAUUGACUAGUUCAUCUUGAUGGAUGACCUGUCUCUUUCCCACGUUCAUACAGACGAAUUAAUUAUCAUACGAAAUAUUAUCUUUUCUUAGCCAGAGUUCAUCCAAAUAGAUCCUCCAUAUAAAUCAUGCUAUUAUUAUCCUGUGAGUACUUUACUAUUCAUGGUCUCUAUUUUUAUUCCAGAGCACAAGUUUAUCAACUCGAGUGGAUCCAAAAAUAUCAAAGAAACUUUCUGCGCUUGUUUUAUCAGGCAUAAGAAACGAAAAAGAAAUGAAAGAACAACUAGACACAUAUAUCACCCGAGAUCUCUACCCUGGCAAAGCAAAACCGUUUCGCGCAAACAAACGGUACUUUCCAAACACUGGUGUAAUAAGAAUGAAAAUGUUUAAUGAGUUAGUGCUACAACGCCUCAUGCUGUUAGAUUGUGUUGAAGUUGACGAGCUGGUCGAGCGAAUACAGAAUGAGAAUCAGGAUGAUAAGAUUUACACUCGUAAAUUUGAUGGAAUGAAUGAAGUUUUAGGGCAAUUGUCGUUCAAUCUUUCUGUAGAAGAGCUUUUGGGCGACGAGGUUCGAGUUAGACAGAGAUUUUCUCGACAGCAGUUCAUUUUCGUGCACCAGACCUCGUUCCAACGUCACCUCCUAAAACGUUACGGCGACAACGUGUGUUUCCUUGAUCCAGUAUAUAGAACAGUCAAGUAUCCACUGCCGUUGUUUUUUCUCAUGGUGAAAACCAAUGUUGAUUAUCAAGUUGUUGCAACAUUUGUCGUGCAAGAUGAAAACAUGGAGUCCACCAAGGAGGCGCUCGAGUUUAUAAAAACCUGGAACCCAGAGUGGAAACCCAAGGUGUUCAUGGUUGAUAAUGAUAGUGAGGAGAUUACGUCUGUUCAAGAAUGUUUUCCAGGUCUGUUUAAGAGUCCAGGUUUGGGUGCAGCGCGGACUAUUGUGUGGUGUCAGCAAGUGUUUACCAAAAACUAAAGCCUCGGUCAGACGAGGAUGAGAGUUCCAACACUCGCUCGCUUUUCACUGCCAACUCUCAUCGACUUUCAUGUACUCAUAAACUGCUUCAAAUUUUGAUGAGAGUUGAUGUGGACUCUUGUCAACUUUGAGCUAGUUCAAAUUUCGAUGAGCACUGAUGAGACGCUACCUGCGUGGUAUAAUAACCAUUUAACCAUAUGCAACUCUUGUUCUCGUUUGACGGGGCAUGAGAGUUGAGAAAAAUCUCAUGCAAACUCUCGCUUCUCAACUCUCAUGCAACUCUUGGUCUCGUUUGACCGGGGCAUGAGAGUUGAGAAAACUAUCACACAAACUCUCGCUUCUCAACUCUCAUCUACUCUCAUGCAACUCUCGUUCUCGUUUGACCAGGGCAUAAGAGUUGAGAAAACUCUCAUACAAACUCGCGCUUGCCAACUCUCAUCAACUCUCAUUCUUAUUUGACCAAGGCGUAACCCUUCCAAUAUUAUUCUCCUUAGAAUGCAAAGUAUUGCUCAGCGAUUUCCACCGUGAACAAGCCUGGGAACACUGGCUGUCUCAGUCAUCCAAUGGCGUUGUGGCACAUAAGAAUGCAAUCUUAGUGUACUUGCGUCGUAUUGCUCACGUUAAAUCAGAACGAGAAUUUGAAGAAGCUUUGGAAUUACUCAAACACACCGAUUGCUGGCAAUGUGACUACGGACAGUCGUUCAGACUGUGGUUUGAGGAAAAAUGGCUUAGUAUUAAGGAGGUAGACUCAAUACAGUUCGCAUGCAGAGGUUGAUUUGAUAGGCCUUCGCAAAAACUGAAAAAUAGGUCCAAACAAUGAAUGACCGGAUGGCAUCAAAUAGCUUGAUCUCUUAUUGAUGCUUGAAUAAGUUGAUCUUUUAUUAUUAUCAUAAGUAUAUAAUUUGACUCUUAGGUUUUUAAAAUGUUUAUAACAACUCUACUUUUAAUAGCGCUGGGUGCUUGCCUACCAGAAAACUUCGCUGUGUGAUCUGUUCAUGACAAACUUUACAGUUGAACAUCAGAAGAAAGAUUUCGCUCAUGAAGAAGUACUAAAUGAAGCAGAAACAUCACUAAGCUUUGUCCUGAAAAUGAUCAUUACGUUCAUUUUGCCUGCCAAUCGAAAUUUGUAAGUGUGGGUAGCUUUGACUAUAAGCACGACAGCAGAUGGUGGUCAACCUGCAGAUAUCAGAAUGAAAAAAAUGAUGUAGUAGUGUUGUAUUUGGUGGGAAAUAAAUAGAAACGAGAGAUGUAGUUUAAUUUUCUUGCUCCGCUAAUUGUCAACAUUUCUGCAGUUGAUCACCAUCUGCUGCCCUGACACGCUGACUGAAACCACUAGUAUUUCGUACUUCCAAAGACUAGACAUCAGCUAGCGAAGCUAAUCGGCAAAUUUUGAAACCUCUGUCGUAUUCCCUUUACAGUUACAUGGAACAAAACGUUCCACUCUCGAAAGAAGAAGCGAACAUUCCGCCAUUCUACCACAUGCGACCACAGCAACUUACUGAACACACGGCGGAGUGUAUGACAACAGUGAAUGAAUUUACUGCAGAUGAUGUUGUUCUAAACAGCCUUGCAAGAGGAGAGUUCAUUGUAAAGUCAUCUAAUUCAGAUGUGCAACACAAAGUUCACUUUGGAAAUGACGUUGUAAGUAUACUGUGUAAUGAUAGCGCAGUGGUUAAUACAUGUUCCUUUUACCUCUGUGACAUUCUACUCAUAUAAUACUCCAGUUUCAUGUAAGAAGCGUCCUUCUAGUUUGACUAUACUAAACACCGGUGAUAGGGUACUUGCUUGGUAUGCUGGAUAAUCCAAGUGAGCAUAUAUAUAUAUAUAUAUAUAUAUAUAUAUAUACACAAUUUUAAGACCUAACCAGGAUCGGUUGCAAAAAAUGCAACACUAAAUCCUCUGGCAGGAAUUGAACCUGCAGUCCUGCGAUUCUGGUACAGCGCUCUAAGCAACUGAGCUACAGAGGUCAGUUGUAACCGCACGUUCUUGUAACGUGUAUAUAGAUUUUCGGGUGUGCCGGUUGUGAUAAGGUGAAUUUGAAAGAUGUUUUUGCACUUUACUUGCUUGGGUCCUUAUUGAACUAACAGAGCUAUCCAGUAUGAAACAAAACAACUUUUUCUUCUAGGAGCCACCUCACUGCGAGUGUCAAGAUUGGUCCAGUACCAUGUUGCCUUGCAAACACUUCUUGGUCGUCAUGCGACAUUUCAAGAACUGGAACUGGUCAAGUUUCCCGGAAAGAUAUCGAAGCUCUCCGUAUUUUACACUAGACUCGAUCACUGAUCAAAACUCCGCUGAAGAAGACCCAAUGGGAAACCUAAUAGAUACGAGUGUGAGCCGACAGGAUCCGAGUGAAAGUCGAGCAGAUCAGAGUGGAAAUCAACCAAAUCCGCAUACAUAUCCACCAGACGCAAGCCGAAUAAAUCCGAAUGGUUAUCAGCCAGAAAGUUCAAGCUAUCAGCGUGAAAGCCAACCAGAACCAAAAGCAAGUCGAUUAAAACAGAAUGUAAGCUUAACAGUUCCUAGUGGAGAUCGAACUGACACGACUGUUAGUCGAUCAGACACGAGUAUUAACCAAGACAACAUUAUACCUCCAGUGUGUUUGCACGAGGUGUUGCUUGACAAGAUACCUGGAAUAAAGAGUACAGCGACUGAAUGUCGUGAUUUAAUAAACAAUAUUAGCAACCUCAUAUACUUGGUCCAAGAUAAGACAAUUCUGACAUCGUUAUAUGACAAUCUUCAGGAAAUACUGGAACAACUGAAACAGUCUGUAGUUGACGAUGAUGUGAGCGAGGGGAAGGAGAAUAAAGUGUAUCCUGUGAAUGGGCGGAAACGUCUUGGUAACUGGUGUGAGGACUCCGUUGGAAGAAAGUUGCUUAAAGUGGAUGAACAUGGAACAAUGAAAGUGGAUGAGAUGGGUAUGAGGUGUAGAAGGGAAAUUUCGGAGCAAAUGUUAGAGUGUGCUGGUGAAGUACAGGGCCAUUGUAGGACAAUGAAUGGUAGUGUGGAUGCAACUCGGGGUGCGAGUAUUGCGACAGUGGGUGAUAUGAACGGAUGUGGAGGUACAUCUGGGAGUAUGAACAGUGAUAUUGACACAUCUGGGGGUGUGAAUGCCAAUGUCAUGACAUCCGAGACCUCGGGUGGUAUGAACGGUAAUGCAGGUAUAUCUAGGGAUAUGGACGGUGACGUGGUGGUAUCUGGGGGUUUCAACGACAAUGUUGGUACAUCGGUGAACACAAACGUUACAAAUGGCAAUACUGGGGGACCUGAGGAGGCAUCUGUGAUCACAGGUAGUGGUACCGUGUCUGGGAACACAGAUAAUCCACGUGAAUCAAUUGAAAGUUCAAACGAUCCUCAACAAUUGAAUGGGAGUCAAUCAAAUGAAAAGUCUGCCUUACAUUUCUCAGAAUUAGGAGAGAACGGAAUCACAAUGUUGUAUUCCAACCCAGCGGGAAGUUUAUCAAAGUAUGAAGAAAGACUUUUAACCAAACAAGAAGAGAUUGCACACAGUACAGUGAACCUUGCUCAAGACAUCUUAAGAGAAUCAUUCCCAAAUGUUAAAGGCCGUCAGACUGUCGCCCAUGGUCCUAUUCAAACAUUUGAGCAUGUUAGUGGCGAUUUUAUUCAGAUCUUACAUGAUGGUUAUACCCACUGGACUUGUGUGAGUAACGCGAGGCUUGAUGUAAAAGACCCUGCUGCAGUGAACAUGUAUGACAGCAUGAAUCAAGGUUUUAUCGCUAAGUUCACGAAACAACAGCUUGCAUCGUUCAUGUGUAUUCAAAGUGCUGAAAUGAAAGUAAUCAUGAAGUCAGUUCAACAACAAACCUCACAUGUUGAUUGUGGUGUAUUCGCCAUCGCUUUUGCCACAGCGCUCGCGUUUGGUCAAGAUCCGAGCAAGUUCCGUUUUGACGUGCCUAAAAUGCGGCCACAUCUCGUCAAAUGUUUGAAGUUAAAAAAGAUGAGUCCGUUUCCUGAGAUGAAGCCUAGCUGUAGCGAUAUUGUGUUAUCCAAGAGGAAAUUUUAUACAAUCGAGUUGUUUUGCAGCUGUCGUAUGCCGUACGAGAAGCCGAAGAAUGAAGCUGACCUGAUGGCGCAAUGCAGUGUCUGUAGUGAAUGGUUUCAUGAACGAUGUGACAGUUUGAAAUCACCAGGACAGCAUUUUGUCUGCAGGUUAUGUGCAAGAAAAGUGUGUAGCUAACAACCUCGUCCUCUCUUCAUGCUAGUGUGAAGCUAACAACCUGGUCCUUUCUUCAUGCUAGUGUGAAGCUAAUUCACUCAUGCAAUAACAUUUGACCGAUAGAAACGGUCGCCUUAGGCGCUUGUAUUGAUAACAAAAGAGAGCAUACACAUCCAGAAAGUUUAUGUAUAUUUUAAAGUCCUCAUGUCAAAAGUUAUUGAAAUAUACUUGUUUGAAA